AUGGAGGCCGUCAACAAACUCUGUUCCUGCAGGUUCGAGCCCCUCGUGGAGGUCCCGGUGCCGGAGAAGGCGGUGGUCUGGACUUCCAAGAACUACUAUGAUGGCUCAGGCUGGGUGGGGCUGGCGGACGGGGAAAAGCUGAGCCUGAAGCCCACGCUCUUCGCGGACAACAGGCUGCUGUUUCUGGAGCCCGUGGAGGGCGUGUGCGAGGCUUUCAGCAGCGUGCAGUCUGGGAAGUACGACGUGAAGUGUUGGAGCAAGCUGGGUUGCCACCUGGGGAUCGAAGGCGACCAGAACGUGUUCCUGUCGACUCCGAAGCUGAAGGAAGUCGCGGUGUACUCGCACCCGGAGCGGCUGCCGGCGUUCCCGAAGUCGUGGAAGCCGCUGCUGUUCACCCUGAACUCCUCCGUCAUAACUUUCCGGCUGACCGACACGCUGUGUCUGGUGGUGACGAUCGACGAAAGCAAAACCACCAAAGUGCACUGCGUGGACUACAACGGCGGCUUCGCGCUGUCGCACCCCGCGAGCGACUCCGCGCUGGCCUACGGGUCGCUGGCGGUGAAGGGCUUCGAGGCUUUGCCGCACUGCGAAGUCAUCCCCAGGGUCACUUCUGCUGCGGGGGAGUGGGGCUUCUUCGUGCAGCUGUUUCAGUGGGGCUCGUUCGUGGUGCCGAAGGCCGUGGACCUGACGCGGCCCUCGAGCAUCCUGGGAAUGGGACUUGGGAAAAAAGUGGACUGCCUGGGCGUGCUGCUGCUGCCGCCGAACCUGGUGGUGAUGGUGCACCUGGAAACGCCCAAGGUGCAGCGCAGCCUGCAGCACGGCAAAGACUACUUGCUGACUGCGGUGAAGACCAGCGAAACGGACUUGGACAUUUUCCUCGUCAUGGACGGCCAGCUCUCCGUCUUCAACUACUCCUUCGACCUGCGCCUCAACCGCCCCAACAAGCCGCGCCACCUCGACAACGCGGCCUUCAAGGGUUCUCUCGAGCUCGACGACAAGAAGAAGUGCAGCCGCUUCAUUUUCCAAAACACCAAAAACUCCAAAGUCCUCGUGCCCCAGGGCUGUCCGCUUUCCGAGGGCGACCACCUCGUCAGCAGCUCCCUCAUCGCCGUCUUCGACGCCGAAAUCUGCAUGUACCUGACGCACCCCCCCGCGUUGAAGUUGUGUUCUGCUUUCAACACGGUGGCGCUGCCAGUGGACUAG